UGGUUCUCUUAGCAGUACAGAUCGUGCCAUCUAGCGGAGAAAAGUUCCUGCAUUUAGUAUGCGGACGUGUUUUGUUGACAAUUGAAGUUUUGAGUGUAAAGUUGUGUGUUCAGGAUGGAUGAAGGAUUUGAAGGGUUUGAGGAAGAGGAGUCUGAUUUACCACUUGGACAGACACUUUCUGGAAGAAAGCGCUUAUUCUCGAAAGAACUUCGUUGCAUGAUGUAUGGCUUUGGUGAUGAUCAAAAUCCAUAUACAGAAAGUGUUGAUCUUCUAGAGGAUCUCGUAAUUGAAUUCAUUACAGAAAUGACACACAAAGCUAUGGAAAUUGGAAGGACAGGAAGGGUUCAGGUUGAGGAUAUUGUUUUCCUUGUGCGAAAAGACGCAAGGAAAUAUGCACGUGUGAAGGAUUUACUUACAAUGAAUGAAGAACUGAAGAAAGCCAGGAAGGCAUUUGAUGAAGUGAAGUAUGUGGGGACAUAGUAUGUGACGUGACAGGCUUCUGUGUAAAUUAAUAUUUUUGUAAAAAAGUGUAUUUAUAAAUAAACAGCAUUUUGUCAACUAUACUUUUCUGUCAGUUGACAAUGUUAGUUGUAAUGUAACAUAUAUUCAUAGUUUACAUUGUCACAUGAAAAAUAUAUAUAUCAUCAGAACCCCA